AUGGCAUUAGUAAUUGAUGAGAUUUGGAUGUCAAGAAACCUUAAACAGUUUAGUAACAUCAACCCUGAUGCGAUGAAGGCUAGGCAGAACAUUCAAACCAGAUUCAAUGAAAUAGUUAAAGUCUUUUCUUCAGCUACCCAACCUCUUAAAGAGCUUAGUAGCAAGACUUGGUCUCCUCCCCCUUCUGGCUGCAUCAAGCUGAAUGUGGAUGCUGCGUUUCAGCAAGACUCGGGCUCUGCUUUAGCAGUUGUUGCACGGAACCACUUGGGUGAAGUUCUAUCAAUUUGGGCCAAAAAACAUCACAACUCCUCCCCUACGAUUGCCGAAGCUAAAGCACUUUACUGGGAUGUGACUCUAGCGGUCAAGGAGGGAUGGAAAUCUGUGAUAUUUGAAGGAGAUGCAAAGAAUUGUUUUGAUCCACUCAUCAACCCAGACUUAUCCCCUAAAUGGCUUACGCACAAUAUUAUCUGUAAUAUUCGUAGCUUAGUUGUUGCUUUUGAUUUUGUCUAUUUUUGUUGGGUCUGA